AUGCUAGGCAACUGUCUGCGUCGUCGCGGGGGACCCUACAGGACCGAGCCCGCCACGGACCUGGGCCGCUGGCGGCUCCGCAACGAGCUGGGCCGACAGACGUGGACGUACCUGCCGGGGGAGGAGGCCGCGGGCCGGGAGCAGACCGCGCUGGAGGCCCACUCCCUGGGCCUGGACACGGGAAAAUACUUUAAGGACUUGCCCAAAGCUCAAACAGCCCGUGAGGGGGCUCUGAAUGGAGUAACAUUUUAUGUGGAGCUGCAGGCUGAAGAUGGGCACUGGGCAGGUGAUUACGGUGGCCCACUCUUCCUUCUUCCAGGGCUCCUGAUCACGUGCCACGUGGCACACAUCCCCCUGCCAGCUGGGUGCAGAGAGGAGAUGGUGCGGUACCUGCGAUCUGUGCAGCUCCCGGAUGGCGGCUGGGGCUUGCACAUCGAGGACCAGUCCACGGUGUUUGGAACUGCACUCAACUAUGUGGCUCUCAGAAUCCUGGGUAUUGGGCCCGACGAUCCUGACCUGGUACGGGCUCGGAACACCCUUCAUAAGAAAGGUGGUGCAGUCGGUAUCCCCUCUUGGGGGAAGUUCUGGCUUGCUAUCCUGAAUGUUUACAGCUGGGAAGGCCUGAACACCCUGUUCCCUGAGAUGUGGCUGUUUCCCAGCUGGAUGCCUGCACACCCCUCCACUCUCUGGUGCCACUGCCGGCAGGUCUACCUGCCCAUGAGCUACUGCUAUGCCACCAGACUGAGUGCCUCCGAGGACCCACUGGUUCAGAGCCUCCGCCAGGAGCUCUAUGUGGAAGACUAUUCCAGCAUCAACUGGCCGGCACAGAGGAAUAAUGUGUCCCCAGGUGACCUGUACAGGCCCCAUAGCUGGCUGCUUCGUGUUGUGUAUGGGCUCCUCAACCUGUAUGAGCGCUUCCACAGUACCACCUUGCGGCACCAGGCUGUUCGGAUGCUGUACGAGCACAUCGCAGCCGACGACCGCUUCACCAAGAGUAUCAGCAUCGGCCCGAUCUCAAAAACCAUCAAUAUGCUUGUGCGCUGGGCUGUGGAUGGGCCGGCCUCUUCUGCCUUCCAGGAGCAUGUCUCCAGGAUCCCAGAUUACCUCUGGCUGGGCCUUGAUGGUAUGAAAAUGCAGGGCACCAACGGCUCACAGGUCUGGGAUACCUCGUUUGCCAUCCAAGCUAUGCUGGAGGCAGGUGCACACCACAGGCCCGAGUUUCUGUCCUGCCUGCAGAAUGCACACAGAUUCCUGCGGCUUUCACAGGUCCCAAACAACCCUCCCAGCUAUCAGAAAUACUACCGCCAGAUGAACAAGGGCGGCUUUCCCUUCAGUACGCUGGACUGUGGCUGGAUUGUUGCUGACUGCACUGCCGAGGCCUUGAAGUCUGUGCUGCUCUUGCAGGAGAAAUGUCCCUCUAUCACCGAGCACAUCCCCCGAGAACGGCUCUGUGAUGCUGUGGCUGUGUUGCUGAGCAUGAGGAACAGCGAUGGAGGGUUUGCCACAUAUGAAACCAAACGUGGGGGAUACUUGCUGGAGCUACUGAACCCCUCAGAAGUCUUUGGGGACAUCAUGAUCGACUACACCUAUGUGGAGUGCACCUCGGCAGUCAUGCAAGCACUGAAGCAUUUUCAGGAGUACUACCCAGAGCACAGGGCAGUGGAGAUUGGUGAUACCCUCAGGCAAGGCCUGGAGUUCUGCCGGCAGAAGCAGAGGGCUGACGGCUCCUGGGAGGGCUCCUGGGGAGUUUGCUUCACCUAUGGCACCUGGUUUGGUCUGGAAGCUUUCGCCUGCAUGGGGCAUACCUACCGCGACGGGGUUGUCCGUGCAGAAGUCUCCCGGGCCUGCAACUUCCUCCUCUCCCGACAGAUGGCCGAUGGAGGCUGGGGAGAGGACUUUGAAUCGUGUACGCAGCAGCAUUACGUGCAGAGCACCCAGUCCCAGAUCCAUAACACGUGCUGGGCCCUGAUGGGCCUGAUGGCUGUCAGGCAUCCCGACGUUGUGGCUCAGGAGAGAGGAGUCCGGUGUUUGCUUGAGAAGCAGCUUCCUAACGGUGACUGGCCUCAGGAGAACAUCUCUGGGGUCUUCAACAAGUCCUGCGCCAUCAGCUACACAAGCUACAGGAAUGUCUUCCCCAUCUGGACCCUGGGGCGCUUCGCUAACCUGUACCCUGACAGAGACCUGGCUGGCCUCCUCUGAGCCUGUCUGCCUGUGAUGGUGGCUGGCAGCUGGUGGACAGACUGGGGGGUCUUGGCCGGCUAGGUCCCCCUUGGAUCUCCCUUGGACUCCAGCCUUGGACUCAGGUCCCCUUGGCCCUGAGGUCCGAGGCAAGGACAGUCAGGGCUCUAGGCACUUGUCAGCAUAGGUUGGGUUUUGAGAAUAACUUGGGUGAGGAAGGGGACAAGAUGAACCAUGACAUCUGAAGAGGAGGUACAGGAUAUUGUGAAGUGCCUAGGCACAAGUCUUUCCCAAAGAGGUGAGACUGGAGGGUUUUCUUGACCAAUAAUUGAGUCCUUCGGGGGGCAGCAGUAGCACUUUCUGCCUGGAGCUGUUGUGGAGAGGGCCGGGGCCAGGCUUCCUCCAGGCCAGCUGUUCUGCAUCUUCUGCUGGCAGGGUGUGGGGGUUACAGGAAUCCCAUGAUGAUGGAAUGGCUAGUGAGCAACCCCUGAAGAGCGUGGCCCUG